CCUCAAAACAAAUGGAAAUUUUAUUAUUUAGAUAUUUGGGAUAAUGGAGAAAUUUGAAUCUUUUCAUGACAUCUUCAUAUUUUCUUUCACUCUCAAUCUCUUCCAAACAAACCAUAAAUAACCUCAUUUCUUGUAGAUCAAUCAUGGCUUCUGGAACGGAAUAACCUGUAAACUCGCCACUUGCACAUCUACUGCUACUGCAGUGUUAGGCGAGGGAGUAAAUACACACCGAAGAACUUAUCCACUCUUCUAACGCAACCUUAGGGACGAGAGUAGAAUCAUAGAAGCAGACAAAACCCUAGCUCUCCAGUUGGAUUUGAUCAGCUGUCGAUUGAAUGGUGGUUUGAGAUCGGAACACAAUCUCUGCUGUACAUGAUCGAAGAUGGCGGUUUCAGAGGAGGAGUCAUCGUCGUCGGCGUCGGCCUCGGCGAGUACCUGCAAGUCACAGUCAGCAGCCAUGAACGGCGGAUGUUAUCUGGCGAAGACGGUGCUAAGAGGGAGCGUUGUUCUCCAAGUCGUUCAUGGUCACAUCCGCUCCCCUUCUUCUGACGACCUAGUUUUCGGCAAGGAGACAUCUUUGGAGCUGGUGAUCAUAGAUGAUAACGGAGUUGUACAAUCUAUAUGCGAGCAGCCAGUGUUUGGCGCUAUAAGAGACCUUGCUAUUCUUCCUUGGAAUGAUCGGUAUCAUUCUCGAAACUCACAGGUUCAUGGAAAGGAUAUUCUGGUUGUUAGUUCUGACUCGGGGAAGCUAUCAUUUCUUUCAUUUUGCAAUGAAAUGCACAGGUUUUUCCCAUUAUCACAUGUUCAGCUCUCUUGCCUUGGAAAUUCAGUGAGUCAAAUUGGAAGGAUGUUAGCUAUUGAUUCAAAUGGCUGUUUCAUUGCUGCUAGCGCGUUUAAAAACAGAUUAGCUCUUCUCUCUGUCUCAACCUCUGGCGGCAAUGAUAUUAUUGACAAGAAAAUCAGCUGUCCUCCUGACAAUCAAGAGCACAUCAAGGCUGUAAAUGGUUUUACUGAUAUCUGUGGUACCAUAUGGAGCAUGUGCUUUAUCUCAAAAGAUAUAGACCAGCCAAGUAGGGAGCACAACCCUGUGUUAGCAAUUCUUCUGAAUAGGGAGAGAUCAUAUAGGAGUGAACUCAUGUUGAUAGAAUGGGAAGUUAAGCAGGAUUUGCUUCAUGUGAUAUAUCAGUAUGUCGAACGUGCACCGUUUACACAUCAUAUAGUUGAAGCUCCUUACUCUUUUGGACUAGUGAUCCUGCUCAGGGAUGGAGAUAUCAUCUUAAUGGAUUGCAGAGAUACUUGCAAUCCUCAUUUUUUAUAUAGAAUAAGUAUAAAUUCUACUCCUCUAGUUGAAGAGCAAAAUUUUGUCGAACCUACAAUCAGGAUUCCUGAUAUUAUUGACGAAGAAGGCAUGUAUAAUGUUGCUGCCUCUGCAUUAUUGGAGCUCAGUGACAUAAACAAAAGUGAUCCGAUGAAUAUUGAUGAUGAAAGCUUCACCAAACAGGGCUGUAAUUAUGUAUGCUCAUGGAGUUGGGACUCCUCACGUAAAAACAACCCCAAGAUGAUUUUUUGUGCUAAUUCAGGACAAGUUUUUAUGAUUGAUAUUUUUUCUGAUUCUGAUGGCAUCAAAAUGAACGUAUCUGAUUGUCUUUACAAAGGCAUACCAACCAAGGUGUUAUUGUGGAUGGAAACUGAUUUUAUAGCAGCUAUAGUUGAAAUGGGUGACGGGAUGGUUCUAAAAUUGGAAGAUGGAAGGUUAGAUUUCAGAAGUUCAAUACAAAACAUCGCACCAAUACUGGAUAUGUCUGUUGUGGACUACCAUAAUGAGAAACACGAUCAAAUGUUUGCAUGCUGUGGGAUGGCACCCGAAGGAUCAUUGCGAAUCAUUCGAAGUGGUAUCGGUGUGGAGAAGUUAUUGAAAACAUCUCCUAUUUAUCAAUGCAUAACUGGCACUUGGACUGUCAAAAUGAAAGUCACUGAUAUCUAUCAUUCCUUCCUUGUGUUGUCAUUUGUUGAAGAAACCAGAGUACUUUCAGUUGGGGUAAGCUUUUCUGAUGUAACUGAUGCUGUUGGUUUCCAGCCUGACGUCUGCACCUUGGCAUGUGGUCUGAUAGCUGAUGGUUUGCUGGUGCAAAUACACCGACAUGCUGUUAGACUGUGUGUGCCUGUUGCAUCUUCACAUUGUGAAGGUGUUACUGAAACUUUUCCCAGCGGAACAUCAUGGUCACCUAAUGAUACAACCAUUAGUUUGGGAGCAGUUGGACAUAAUGUGAUAGUUGUCGCAACUUCCAGUCCAUGCUAUUUAUAUGUACUUGGUUUCAAAUCAUUGUCAGCAUAUCAGCACGAAGUGUACCAGUUGCAACACAUAAGAUUGCAGGAUGAGCUGUCCUGCAUUUCCAUCCCUCAGAAACAGUUUGAGCAACAACGAUUUGUGUCCGAAAUGAGCAGCACAGAUAGUGUCCCUGUAGUUGCUCUUCCAGCAGAGUGUGUCAUCAGUAGUCCCUUUAUUAUUGGCACACACAAGCCUUCUGUGGAGGUACUUUCCUUCUCGCUUGAUAAAGGCCUUCAAGUCAUUGCUAUAGGAUCCAUAUCACUAACAAACACUCUUGGAACUACCAUAACCGACUGUAUUCCUCAAGACGUAAGGCUUGUACUUGUUGAUCGCCCAUAUAUUCUUUCAGGAUUGAGGAAUGGUAUGCUACUCAGGUUUGAGUGGCCUUGUACCUCAAAUGUUUCUGCCCUUCAAGCAUCUUGUGUGCAGCAUUUCAGCAGCUCACAUUUGGCAAAUUCUACCACUGCACCAUUGCUUUCAUCUGUAAAUUGUAGGGCCAUGCCAACUGCUUCCACUUCAUCUGACAAGACAAAGGACACUAUUCCUGCCCAUCUCCAACUAAUUGCAUAUCGUCGCAUAGGCAUUAAUCCAGCUUGUUUGGUCCCAUUAAGUGACUCUCUUGAUACUGAUUUAAUUGCUCUAAGUGAUAAGCCCUGGCUAUUACAAACUGCAAGGCAUAGCAUUUCAUACACAUCCAUCUCCUUUCAGCCUUCCACACAUGCUACUCCAGUUUGUUCAAUCGAAUGUCCCAAGGGAGUUUUAUUUGUUGCUGACAACAGUCUUAAUCUGGUGGAGAUGGUGUCAGGUAAACGGCUUAAUGCGCAGAAGUUUAGCGUUGAGGGAACUCCACGCAAGGUCUUAUAUCAUAGUGAAAGCAAGUUAUUGGUCAUUUUGAGGACUGAUCUUAACGAUGAUUCAUCCUCAGAUGUCUGCUGUGUAGAUCCUCUAAGUGGACAAGUGAUAUGCUCAUUAAGAUUUGACCCAGGGGAGACCGGUAAAUGCAUGGAGUUGAUUAAGUCUGGAAAUGAUCAGGUUUUGGUGGUGGGAACUAGCCGCUCGUUGGGUCCUGCAAUAAUGCCUAGUGGUGAAGCUGAGAGUACUAGGGGUCGUUUGAUAGUGCUCUGCCUUGAACAUACCCAAACUUCAGACAGUGGUUCCAUGGCAUUUUCUUCAAGGGCUGGAUCGGCUUCUCAACGAACCUCACCUUUAUGUGAAAGUGGGGGAUAUCAUGCAGAACAGUUUUCUGGAAGUAGCCUGUGUAGCAGCCCUGAUGAUAACAGUUGCGAUGGGAUUAGACUUGAAGAAAGUGAGCCUUGGCAAUUACGUUUAACAUAUUCAAACAUCUGGCCAGGGGCAGUUCUUGCUAUCUGCCCUUACCUUGAUUGUAAUUUCUUAGCUUCAGCUGGUAAUUAUUUUUAUGUGUGCGGCUUCUCCAGCGAUAAUUCUCAGAGGGUGAGGCGGCUAGCAUCAGCAAAAACACGGUUCAUGAUCUUGACGUUAACUGCACACUUAACCAGAAUUGCUGUUGGUGACUGUAGGGAUGGUGUCCUAUUCUACUCAUAUCAAGAGGAUACAAGAAAACUGGAACAGCUUUACUGUGACCCUUUCCAGCGGUUAGUUGCUGAUUGUAUUCUUAUGGACGUUGAUACCGCUGCUGUAUCUGAUCGGAAGGGGAGCAUUGCUAUCUUGUCAUGUGCAAAUCAUUUAGAAGAUGAUUCCAGUCCUGAAUGCAACUUAGCUGUAUUUUCAUCAUUUUACAUGGGCGAGGUUGCUAUGCGCAUCCAAAAAGGCCCAUUCUCCUACAGACUUCCUGCUGAUGAUGUUUUGAGGGGCUCUCUAGAUGCUAAUGGUGUUGGUGAUAUGACACAUAAUAGCAUUAUUGCUAGCACACUAUUAGGAAGCAUAGUCACACUCAUUCCUCUGACAAGGGCAGAAUAUGAAAUGCUAGAAGCAUUACAAUCAAGACUCGUAAUUCAUCCAUUGACUGCACCCAUACUUGGAAAUGACCACAGUGAGUUUCGCAGUCGUGAAGGCUCGAGGGGAGGAAUGAGGAUAUUGGAUGGUGAUAUGCUUGGUCAAUUUUUGGAGCUAACUAAUAUGCAACAAGAAGCGGUAUUAGCGUUACCACUCGGUUCACAUAACACAAUUAUCACGUUAACUUCAAAGCCGCCGCCUGCUCCUAUUACUGUUCCUCAAGUUGUGCGCCUUCUCGAGCGGGUUCACUAUGCCCUGAACUGAGUCCCAAAACAUCAACACAUAUAAGAUCGAACCCAAAGUUGGUAUCAUUUUGUUGUUGUAAGAAUUACAUAUUAAAUGUCAAUGUGAGGGUUGGGGGGGGGGGUUACAUAGAGAAUCAUGUGGUGUGAUUGGGCCUUUGUAGUGAUUGCUGAGUUUGUAAAUUUUCUCACUUUGAAUGUCACAACUCACUUGUACCCUGUCCCAAAAUAAAGUUGUGAAAUUGUGUGGUCGAUGUUUGUGCAAAGGAGAGAAACUAUAUGAACCACAAAAUGCUUUCUUAAACAGAAAGUGGAAUUUUUUUUGGGACAGCCAAAAAAAAAUGUGUAACUCUGUUCUGGGACAUAUG